CUUCAAAAUUUAUUUGGUGUAAAACGAAUUCUUUAUUUUUUGAUUAAGAUUUUUUUUUUAUCAAAAUUUGAUGUGCUCUCAUUCCUAGAAUUGAAAUUUCAAAAUUUCGCUGGAAACCACUUGGACGCUUUAUUCCAAACGUAUAUUCACAAGUCCAAUCAUGGGUAUAUGUCGACGUUUUUAAUAUUGUUGUUCGCGUUUUCGUUGACGCAUUUUUCAAUUGUGCUCGGAAUAAACAUGGGAAAGGAUUCGUUAAAUGAAGUAAUCUUAGAUCUGGUUGUCUACAUUUUCGUAACCAUAUCAUCCGUUGUAAUUUUAUAUUUAUCGGAAAAAUUAGUGAAGAAGAGACCCACACUUUUAUGUUCGAUUACCGUUGUGGUGUUCAUUAUAUUUUUCUUCAUGAACGUCGCAAUUCCAACGUUCCAUAAUAUCAAAUUAUUAAUAAAAGGCGACAGUAGCAUAUCGUUCAAACCCGCUUAUAAUACGCUUUUUAUCCUAUCGUGUUACGUAUUUUUUAAUAUCGUUUCGAAUACCAAAGCCGCAAUUCUCGGCUUAUUGAUGUCCACGUUUUAUAUUGCAUUAGGAGUCCUCUACAAUUGGGAAUCUAUCCAAGAAAGACCCGUAACCGUCGUCUGCGAUAUAAUUUAUUUACUCUGCAUAAAUGGAUUUGGAAUGUACUUUCGAUUGGUAACUGAAAUUAUGAAAAGGAUUAGUUUGUUGGAUAGAAGAGAUUUGGUUGAAUCUACGCUUAAACUUGAAUUCGAAAAGGAACAAGAGGAACAACUUAUGGCGAGUAUAAUUCCGGUACACGCCAUAGCUAAGAUUAAACAAAACGCUGAAGAAAAAGUUAAGACAAUCAGAGAUGCAGGGGAAUACCGCGACAUAAGCGUAUGGAAACAGCUCGACAUUCAACAACACGCCAACGUCACAAUUCUUUACGCGGAUAUAGUUAAUUAUACACGGAUGACGACCACUUUGAAAUCUCUCGAACUCGUUGAAACCCUCAACGAAUUAUUUGGAAGAUUCGACGACGCUUCGGAUGAAUUAAAAGUGUUGCGAGUCAAGUUUUUAGGAGAUUGUUAUUAUUGCGUGGCCGGAUUGGAACCGGAUAAAAUCGCUGAUCACGCUGAUGCCUGCGUUAAUCUUGGACUUAGAAUGAUUAAAAUUAUACAGGAAGUUAAGAAAAAAACAUUAUUACCAAUCGAUAUGCGAAUAGGAAUCCAUACCGGUGACAUUCAAAGUGGAGUUAUUGGAGAUCGGAAAUGGCAAUUUGAUAUUUGGUCAAAAGACGUUAGUAUUGCAAAUAGAAUGGAAACAACGGGAAAACCAGGAAAAGUUCACAUAACUAAACAAACCAAAGACCAAUUAAGACAAAACUACAUCAUCGAACCAUCCGAUGCAGGUCAGAAAGAUGAAAUUCUCGCCCAAAAUAAUAUAGAAACUUAUAUUAUUUCCCCAGAAGAGGAAAUCCUUAAAGAUCACCCAUUAAUCGAAAAUUUGCGACAAAAUAGUAGCACUGCAAAUGGAAUAGUUUCAAGAGGUAGUGAUGUUUAUAGUCUUAAUGAAACGAGAUCGACGACGAGACGAGAAUCGAGGUACAUUCCGCAUGCGAGGAGACCAAGUGGAAAUCCACAUUUCGCGGGGUUAAACGGGAGAGUUAGUGGAAGGAGAAGAACGCCGAGGGAUGUUAGUAGAAGAACCGCCUUUAUGGAUAGUAAUAUUAAAAGAUAUAGUGAACGAUUAGAAAGGACCAACAAAACGAUUGAAGACUCAAUUGACGAUUUAUCUUUUACUAAAUACGACCAAUACUUUAAGACGAAACACAUCAACCCAUUAACGAUGACGUUUAACGAUUGUAACAAAGAAAUGAAUUUUAUCAGACAUCCAGAUCAUAUUUUCAAGUACUACAUUAUUGGAAUACUUUUAGUUAUGACUUGUAUUGUGAUUAUUCAAAAUAUCAACCGACCUGACCUAAACCGACCAAUAGGUUAUACAUUACUCGUAGUGUUAUUAUUAAUUGUGCCAAUCACUUGGUCAACAUGCAACUUUGAUUAUUCGCAAAAGUUGCCCAAAUUGCAAAUAUUUUUCGAUUGGUUUAGAGAACUUUCCGAAAAAAUCGUUCAAAGUGUAAUUUUCAGGACCAUUUUAUAUAUUGUGAUAUGGCUUGCCAGUACAGGGACUGUGAUAUAUGAUAUGCUUGGAUGCGAAUAUUUUGAUGGAAAUUCUAGCAACACCACCAAAUUGAUUAGGUCUGUACUUUAUUUAGGAAGAUCAGAUAUUGAUACCAAUAACGGUGAAUAUUGUAUGGACCCAUGGCAUAUGACAGAGACAAUCUCUUUAGCAAUAAUUGUAAAUUUUACAUUUCUCCGAGUACACAUGCUACUAAAGUUAAUCUCAGCAAUCAGCGUGACGCUACUUUAUUCAUUACUUUUAAUAAGAUUCGACGAAAAAUAUUUUAAAUCCUCCGAAAUAUACAACAUAGGCAUUACCUCUUCGACCGCUCAUAUUCUCCACGUUGUUUUUCUAUCGUUUGCUUUACACUGCAUCGAUCGACAAACAGAUUUUAUGACACGACUUGAUGAGAUGUUAAACGUUGAACAAGUUGAAAAGGAGCAAGAAGAGAAGGCUUUAAAAACUGCUAAUGCGUUACUUAUUAAUAACAUUUUACCAAUUCAUGUCGCCCAACAUUAUUUAAGUAUGAGUCACGAAGCUGGAACAUUAUAUUACGAAGAAUACUCAGCAACUAAACCUGUAGCGGUUAUGUUUGCCGCAAUAAUUUAUCAAUCAUCGGAUUCAACGGAUAAAACUUUCCUAACAUGCAUGAACAAUCGCAUCGUAGAUUUCGAUCAAAUUUUAAUGCAAAAAUACGAGCAUCAAAUUGAAAAGAUCAAAAUAGCUAAUUGGACUUAUAUGGCAGCGUGCGGAUUAGAUGUGGGGAGAAGAGAUUCAUUUAGCCAAGUAAAUUUAACACCCACGGGACGUAGGGAUCAUUUCGUCGUUUUAACCCUAUUAGAGUUUGCGGCAAAAAUUUUAAAAGACCCACACGACAGCUUCGUAAAAUCUUUCGAUUUACGAAUCGGCGUCUCUCACGGAGAAGUAACCGCGGGCGUAGUUGGAUCAAGAAAACCUCUUUAUGAUAUUUGGGGUGAUGCGGUGAAUAUGGCGUCAAGGAUGGAAAGUACAGGGGUGGUUGGUCGAAUUCAAGUGACGGAAAAUACGGCUAUGAUAGCGCAAAGUUUAGGGAUUGCUUGUGAAUAUAGAGGAAGAAUUAGAGUGAAAGGUAGAGAUACGGAAAUUCCCACAUAUUUCAUACAGGUCGAUGAUAAUGGAAAACUUGUGAAAUCUUGAGACAACAAACGAUUUUUAUCGAUGAGAUAAAGUUACUUUUGGAGGAAAUCGACCACAAAAUGUAAUAUACAGAUUGGAGUAAAAAAAAUUGAGAAACAGGGUCAAAAACUUCGUUGUUGGAGAGAAUAAGAAAUCAAAAUACGUACAUAUAAGUAUUUUCUGACGGAUUUAUUUUUUUGUAAAUAUAGCUUUAAGUAUACACACAAACAUAAGAUAUUUAUUAUAAUUAUUUAUGUUAAUUUCGCCCAGUCAAAUAAAUAUUUUUGAUUUACCUAUGA